AUGGCCAGUUUUGAGAGGACCCUGAGAGGGCCCGAGCCAGCUCUGGAACCUACGAUGGAGUGGGACGUGCUGGACAUACUAGAGACCCUGGGGUAUAAGGGACCACUGUUAGAAGAACAAGCUAUUGCCAAGGCAGCAGAGAGUGGACUGUCUUCAUCGGAAUUUUCAGAGCUUUGUGUUUGGUUAGGCUCGCAAAUCAAAUCAUUAUGCAACUUGGAAGAAAGUAUCACUUCAGCUGGGAAAGAUGAUCUAGAAAGCUUCCAACUCGAGAUAAGUGGUUUUUUGAAAGAAAUGGCAUGUCCUUAUUCUGCACUCAUAUCAGGAGAUAUUAAAGACCGUUUGCAAAAAAAGGAUGACUGUUUGACACUUCUGUUAUUUUUAAGUACAGAGCUUCAAGCUUUGCAGAUACUACAGAACAAGAAGCUUAAAAAUUCUCAAUUAGAUAAAAAUAGUGAAAUUUAUCAAGAAGUUCAAGCUAUCUGUGAAACCCUUGCCGUACCCAAGUCAACAACUUCUGACAUUCCGCUUAUGCUAAGCCAAGUGGAUUCAAAGGUGAAGGAUAUUCUCUCAAAAGUCCAGAAGAAUCAUGUGGGAAAACCACUGCUGAAAAUUGAUUUAAAUCAGGAACAGGCGGAACAGCUGGAAAGAAUCAAUGAUGCACUGUCUUGUGAAUAUGAAUGCCGCAGGCGAAUGUUAUUGAAGCGUUUGGAUGUGACAGUGCAGUCCUUUGGGUGGUCUGAUAGAGCGAAGGUAAAAACAGAUGACAUAGCAAGAAUUUACCAGCCUAAGCGUUAUGCUUUGUCACCCAAGACCACUGUUACGUUGGCGCAUUUACUUGCUGCUCGUGAAGAUCUAUCCAAGAUCAUUCGGACAAGUAGUGGCACCAGCCGGGAGAAGACAGCAUGCGCCAUUAAUAAGGUGCUGAUGGGAAGAGUCCCGGACCGGGGAGGACGACCAAAUGAAAUUGAGCCACCGCCCCCUGAAAUGCCCCCAUGGGGAGGAGGAGGUGGAGGAGGUUGGGGAGGAGGAGGUGGAGGCAGAGGAGGGGGUUUUCAAGGCAGGGGAGAUUAUGGUGGGAGAGGAGAUUAUGGUGGCAGGGGGGGCGGCUAUGGUGGGAGAGGGGGCUAUGGUGGCAGAGGUUAUGGAGAUCCUUAUGGAGGAGGAGGAGGUGGUGGAUAUAGAAGAUACUAA